AGUUGCGCGAAAAUUCUCCACGGCAGCGGACGGCAUUGCGGAGCGCUUCUCCGUCCCGCUCACUCGAAACGCGCGUUUCUGUGUAAAAUCAAAGGGACUUCCCGCUCCGCCCGUUUCCCACGCGAAUUUCUGGAAGGACUCCGUUCAUGCUCCUCUAUUUGCGCCCGCUGAAAAACCCCAUUCAUCUCGCGUGUGUGUGCCGCAACUAGCUGGGGAUAUAAAAGCAGGAAAAGUUUAACCGUGUGCAGUGUGUUGUGAAACAUUAUUUGCCCAACUGCAAAUGCAAAACGGCAGGGCAAGUCCUGAAUGGGAGAAUAGGAAAAUCACGAGGAGUACCAGCAGCCAGCAAGGAAACUCGGAAAAACGCGCAGGCAGGAGGAUGUAGUCGCGAAAUUCGUAUGCACUUGUCUUGGUGACCUCACUCACACAAAUUCAGCGAACUGUGUGUGUGCUUGUCAGGAUGUCACGCAUCCAAUACGUUGACCAGGUGGAUCAGGUGGAGUUGGAUCAACAGCAGCAACCGGGCAGCAGCUCCACCGUCAGUGGAUCCACACCGCCGCUCCAAAUAUCACCACAUGGUUCGCCAAGUCUGCAGCAAUCGCAGCGCCUGGGCAAGCAUCUCAGCAAAUCUGCCUCGGAGUUGAAUGGUCACGAUUGCCAUCUCAGUGAAUCACCGCACAUAUCACCGAAGAGGGCCAAGAGUGCCGUGGCCCAGCAGUUGGCCGGAGUCAGUUCGGGGGGCGUGGCCAGUGGCGUGGGCGUGCUGCAGAAGACGCACGGAUUCUUCAACAAUCUUCGACAUCGCUGGAGUCGCGCGAAGAGCAAAGAUCGUUUGGGUCGCAAGUCGCCCAGUGAUUUUCUCGAAGAAAGCACCGACUAUGCGGCGGAUUAUAGUUCCGAAGGCAGUUCCGUGACGCACAGUCCACGGCAUCGCAGCACAACCAUUGGUGGCUCACCACUGGCCAGGGAAUUUCGAGCCACGGCGAAGAUGGCGCAGGUUAUCCAAAGAUUCGGGGGUUCCAUGGAGGGCAGGAUAGAUGAGCAUCCGGAGAACGGUUCAGCUGGCUGUAGUCCACCGGAAUUGAGCACUCAACAGCAACUGGAGGCCCUGCAGCUGCGCGUGCAUCUCAAAUCCGGCAGUGACCUGGUGGCCAUGGACAAGAAUGGACUGAGUGAUCCUUAUGUCAAGUUCAAGGUCGGUGGCCGUCUCCUCCACAAGUCGCGCACCAUUCACCGGGACCUGAAUCCCGUAUGGGACGAGGUCUUCAUCGUGCCCAUCGAGGACCCCUUCCAGCCGAUUAUCGUCAAGGUUUUCGACUACGAUUGGGGACUGCAGGACGAUUUUAUGGGCUCGGCCAAGCUAGACUUAACCCAAUUGGAAUUGGGCAAGGCCGAGGACAUCCACCUGCAGCUGUGCGAUUCCAGCGGAAACGGCGGAAGUGGCUUGGGCGAGAUACUCAUCAAUUUGACGCUGUGGCCGCGCAGUCAGGAGGACAAGGAAAUGCAUUUCCAGCGCAACUCGAAACUGGCUGAGUCAUCGAAGCGAUUGAAGUCACAGAUCUGGAGCUCAGUGGUUACCAUAUUGCUGGUUAAAGCCAAGGAUUUGCCCUUAGCUGAAGAUGGCAGCAAGCUGAAUGAUACUCACUUCAAAUUCAGAUUGGGCAAUGAGAAGUACAAGAGCAAGUCUUCCUGGACGGAACGCUGGCUGGAGCAGUUCGACUUGCACCUGUUUGAUGAAGAUCAAAACCUGGAGAUCGCACUUUGGAACCGGAACACCCUCUAUGGCAAAGCCAUUAUUGACCUCAGCGUUUUUCAGCGCGAAAACACGCAUGGCAUUUGGAAACCUCUGGAAGAUUGCCCUGGUGAGGUCCACCUUAUGCUCACUAUAAGUGGAACCACUGCCUUGGAGACGAUCAGCGAUCUGAAGGCCUUCAAGGAGGAUCCUCGAGAGGCUCAAUUGCUAAGGGAAAGAUAUAAAUUCCUAAGAUGCCUCCAAAACCUCCGCGAUGUGGGUCACCUAACUGUAAAGGUCUUUGGAGCCACUGGACUGGCUGCAGCGGAUAUAGGUGGAAAAUCCGAUCCUUUUUGUGUAUUGGAACUGGGUAACGCCCGACUGCAAACCCAAACUGAGUAUAAAACACUCACUCCUAAUUGGAAUAAGAUAUUUACUUUCAAUGUUAAAGACAUCACGCAGGUCCUGGAGAUCACCGUUUUCGAUGAGGAUCGCGACCAUCGCGUAGAGUUCCUGGGCAAGCUAGUCAUUCCCCUCCUAAGGAUCAAAAGUGGAGUCAAGCGAUGGUAUACGCUGAAGGACAAGAAUCUCUGUGUGCGGGCCAAAGGAAACUCACCGCAAAUUCAGCUGGAACUGACGGUAGUCUGGAGCGAGAUCCGUGCCGUGUGUCGAGCCCUGCAGCCCAAGGAGGAAAAGCUCAUCCAGCAGGAGGCCAAGUUCAAGCGACAGCUCUUCCUGCGCAACGUCAAUAGACUCAAGGAGAUAAUCAUGGAUAUCCUAGAUGCAGCGCGCUAUGUCCAGAGCUGUUUCGAGUGGGAAUCUCCUGUGCGAUCCAGCAUAGCUUUCGUCUUUUGGAUAGUCGCCUGUGUCUACGGCGAUCUGGAGACAGUACCUCUAGUUCUACUGCUCAUCAUACUUAAAAACUGGCUGGUUCGCCUUAUAACGGGCACCACAGAUGCAGCUGCUCACUACGACUAUGAGUACGAUGAAGAUGAUGAUGAUGACAAGGAGAAGGAGGAAAAGAAGUCCAUCAAGGAGAGAUUACAGGCCAUUCAAGAAGUCUCCCAAACGGUACAGAAUACCAUCGGCUACCUGGCUUCUUUAGGCGAGAGCACCAUUAACACAUUCAACUUUUCCGUCCCCGAACUGACCUGGCUGGCUGUGGUUUUGCUAUUGGGCGCCAUUCUGGUCUUGCAUUUUGUCCCGCUCCGCUGGCUGCUGCUCUUUUGGGGCCUGAUGAAGUUCUCCAGACGUUUGCUGAGACCCAAUACCAUUCCCAACAACGAGCUAUUGGACUUCCUCUCGCGAGUGCCAGAUAAUGAGGAGAUUAAUCAAUAUCGAGAGCUGCCACCAUCGGCACCCACCGAUCAGACGCGCAACAAUCCCAAGAAGAAACUGAAAGGAUCAUAGUCCAUAACCAGCGCUGAUGCGGCAAUGGCGUCCCUUUCGCCGCUGCAGUCCAGCGCACUAGGAGGAGCAGCAGGAGGAAGCGGAUCGGGAUCCGGAUACGGCGGAAGGCAGCAGCAGUUGAUGCAGCGCUUCCGGGCCAACACCAGCCAGUUGAAGCACAAGUUUGGCCAGGCCAAGAGCCUCAGUCUGAGCCAUAGCGAAUUCAAUUAGACACCAAAGUUAGUUAGCUAGUUAAGAAUCGAAGUCAACCAGUUCCACCCAUAGAAGGAAACAACACACGCAAUUCACCUUGACUCAAUUAUGCAGCACAAAAUUGCUUUACUUAUUUUAAUAUAAUUAUAUAUAUAUAUAUACACAGAAAAUGAGAAUAUUAAUGUAAAUGUGCGCAGAACUCAAACUAUUUACACAAAGCGAUUAUGUACAUACACAAUGAUAGCGGAUAUAAAUAGGAAUCUAUUGAAACAUUGCAUGUACCUAAGGUAACCUCUCUCAAAGAUCUAUUCGAAUAUUUACCAAAACUCAAAUUGCUAACUACCAGAUUCCUUUUUGCGCGAAUCCAAAUGCGAUUAAUUAUUUAUUGUGUAUUUCAAUUUGUGAUAUUUUCAAAGAAUUUUGCAACUAGGCUUACUACUUAAUGUGACUUAAACCACGGAAGCUCCGUACCGCACAGAAGUUUCCCCCAAACUCCAUUUACAAUUUACCACUCGAUUGCACUCGACUCGUUUAAGGACGCUUUUUCAUUAUAUACCUUUACAUAUAUACCUAAUUAAGCCUUAUCCUAACCAAAUUGAUUGUAAUUAUUUCACUCGGAAAGAUUGUUCAAAACAUUUUCUAAAACAUAUAAUUAUUAACUUUGUCUAGGAUAAUCAGCUCUUAAAAGGCCCCGGCCCAGCUAUACAAAUAAAUAUAAAUUAAUUUCUAUGUAACCCACUCCGAUUGAUCGAUUUGAUACAUUUUAGAUAGUUGAACUAUUUUAUACCCCACAAAAAGAGCAACAACAAAGUUUUUAUAUACAUACAUACCAACUCAAUUAAUUAAUUAGCACCUAAGUUAAGUUUGUUAUUUUUAAAUAUAUAUAUAU